AACUUCCAAUUCUAUACUACUGGUGCAGCAGGAGCAGGACAGAAAAAACCCUAACCCAAAUCUCGAUUACUUUCCAGUGAAUUGGUAGAGAUUUGCGCUUAUUCAGUGAAUAACCAAUCCAAUUGCAUUCUGCGCUGCUGAGUUAGCCGGAUUCGAACUUCAAACUCAAAAUACAUUGGUGAGUUUCUCCUUGCUUGCUGCAAAAAUUACUGUUGGUUGCGUAGAAUGUUUCUUUUAUUAUCCUGUAAAAGAAUGCCGGUUCCAUCUCCAAGUUGGAGAAAUGUUGGAUAUUCGACUACCCAUUUGAGUUUCCAUUUAGAUUUUGCACCAAUUUUUCAAAGGAGACCUUUUUCAUCAGUUGGGGUAGCAAAGGAACUUGAUAAACACUCAUUUACAGUAUCUUACCUCAUUAAUUCAUGUGGGUUAUCCCCGGCAUCUGCUAAAUCUGCCUCCAAGCUUGUCCAAUUCCGAGAUUCAGCAAAGCAGGAUAGACUGCUCAAUUGUCUCAGAAGCCAUGGAUUCACGGAUGCCCACAUCCUCAAAGUUGUCAGGAUACAGCCGAUAGUGCUACUCUUAGAUGCUGAGAAAACUGUUUUGCCCAAAUUCGAGUUCUUUCAUUCCAUUGGGAUUUCAGGUGCUGAACUUGCAAAUCUCAUCUCCAGAAACCCAACCCUCUUGGCAUGUAGUUUAAACCACAAGAUUAUCCCUUGUUAUAAUUUCCUCAAGAGUCAGCUUGUGCACAAUGAAGUGGUUGUUAAAUCUUUUAAGAACACUACAAGGAUUUUGCUUGAGCGUGUGGAAAAGAAUGUCUGUCCCAAUAUAUCAAUUUUGAAGGGGGUUGGAGUUUCAGAUUCCAAUAUCCAGCGGCUGUUGAUGUGGGCAUCCGAGUCAUUGUGCUUAGAUACCAGUAAAUUCAAUGAGAAGGUCAAAACAAUUAUUGAUAUGGGAUUCGACCCUUCUAGGUAUCUGUUUUUUGAUGCCAUAAGAUUCUGGCCAACCAAAACAACAUGGCAACUCAAAGCAGAACUGUAUAGAAGUUGGGGUUGGUCUGAAGAUGAGUUUUUGUCAGCUUUCAAGAAAGAUCCUUCAUUUCUGGGAAAGUCGGCAAAGAAAGUUACAAGUGUGAUGGAUUUUCUGGUGAAUAAGAUGGGUUGGCAUCCUUCAGCAGUUGCUAGAGUUCCAUACGUCCUUUCUUUCAGUUUAAAGAAGAGAAUCAUCCCAAGGUGCUCAGUUAUAAGAUUUUUGCUAUUAAAGGGUUUGAUAAAGGAAGAAAUUUUUUUGUCCUCGGUGAUGAUGUCCCCAGAGAAGUACUACUUGGACAGGUUUGUUUUCAGGUACAAGGAAAAAGCCCCUCAAUUGUUGGAUAUCUUACAAGGGAAACUGGAUCUUUUGGAAUUAGGCCUUAGUUUUGAAGAAAAGUUGAAUACAAAACUUAACUAGCUUGCAACACAUCUAUCUGAUAAGGGUUUAUUUUUCAUUUCAAAUGGACAGACUUGCACUAUUUUCCCAAGUUGGCAAAAUGCUUGGCUGAGGGAUUGUUUCAUGAAAUGACUAACAAAUACUACUCACUUUGGUUCACCAAAGGGAUCCCCACUGGUCCAGGCAUCCAGCUUUACAGUUUCCUAAUAUCUCAAAUUAUAGAAUUGCACAACCAUGAAUACCUUGAAUUUUCCUUCCUGUUGCUUGUUUAACUCAAGUCUUCUUGCAGUGAUUGUUAUAUGUGGUUUGAUGUAGAAAGUAUUCCUGGGAUUAGAAAUUGUUGCAUAGCUACAGCUGUAAAACUUCAAAGUGCCUGAAAGUUUGAUUGCUUAAUACUUAAGGUUAUUUUCCUUAUCCUAUGCUUGCUAAGCAUGUGAUUGAAUGCAAGUUUGAUUUUAAUGAGAAAAUCUACAUGAUGAUACAAAGACAGUGUUCUUCAUAAUUGGCUUAAGUUUGCUGAACCAUGAGACCGAGUUGAAGGGUAAUUAUAUCUUUCCUAGUUGUCUAAGUUUGGGGUAACUGCGCAAAAUAAUUUCCUUAAGGUGGGUCAUGAAUGGCAAAAAUAACUUCACUCUGGUUUUUCAAAGGGGUUGUUGUUGCAUUAUCCAGUUCUUGCACUAUCUAGAUUUGAGAGACUUAUGAUUCU